UAUCAAAGAUCGACAGGAACUGGAACUUCCAGGCAAGCCGCCAGUCAGGAUGCUAUCAGCUGAACGUUAGUGGCAUUUAUCACAAACGUUCUCACCAAAACACCAAUGAUAAUACGACUUAACGAGGUCGCUAAUACCGUUAGACCAUGUCCACACCAGCGAGAAGAAGACUUAUGAGAGAUUUUAAACGGUUACAAGAGGACCCCCCAGAUUUUGUCAAUGGAGCCCCAUGUGAAAACAACAUAAUGUUGUGGAAUGCUGUCAUUUUUGGCCCUGACGCAACUCCAUUUGAAGGUGGUACAUUUAAACUCAUUGUCGAGUUCACAGAAGAAUAUCCCAAUAAACCCCCAACAGUGCGCUUUGUGUCAAAGAUGUUUCAUCCUAAUGUCUAUGCAGAUGGUAGUAUAUGUUUGGACAUCCUCCAAAAUCGAUGGAGCCCCACUUACGACGUCUCUUCUAUUCUUACGUCCAUCCAGUCUUUGCUGAAUGAGCCAAACCCCAACAGUCCGGCCAACAGCCUAGCUGCUCAGCUGUACCAGGAGAAUAAGCGCGAAUAUGAGAAGAAAGUUUCAGCAAUUGUAGAGCAAAGCUGGCAAAACAGUUGACCUGGCUGAGGGUAUGUGCCCAAACGCUUGCAUGGAGAACCCUCAUAAUCUCCUCUCACUUUUUUUAAAAAAACGUUUUAAGCCCUUUACCUUUGAUGUAUGUGCCGUCAUAGGAUUGUAUUUUUUGUUGCCUACCAAGAGGGAUUUGUUUUCUCUAUCUACUCAAGUCUCCCAUUAUCCCAGCAGCAUUUGUGGCGAAUCCUUGCCUUGUUUGUGGGCCACCAGCAUACUUUGAUCACGUUUAAUGUCCCGGGUGCUUUGCCGAUCACGUCCUUUUUCACCGCGAAGUUUGCCGUCGUGGACUCCCAAUAGUGUUUUGCCAUCUCUCCGUUGUGUUGUGAACCGUUUGUAACAUGCAUGACACAAUGAGCAAACCUGACCUCCCUUUUCGAUAAUGUAUAUAUACGAAACCUGCAUCUGAAUAUAUGUACAGAUUUUGCA